AUGUUCCUUGAUAGUGUUUGGGGUUCGGAGAGCAUGGACAUAGUCGAUCCCUACUCGCAUCUUGUCCAGGAGAAGCCUGCGGAGGCGGAGAAGCCGGCAGAGCCGGAGGAGCCGCAGGAGCAGGAGAAGGACGCGGAGCCGCUCUCCGGCCCCAAGGUGAAGAGCGUCGGCCUGAACUCUGUGGACUCCACGCUCAAUGUGAUUGCAUCUGGCCGCAUGGUGAGGACUCUGACCGAGGGCGGCAUGCAGUACCUCCUGGCCUGCAUCCGCGCGGACACGGGCAUCAAGUCCGGGCGGUACAUGUUUGAAGUCCGGAUAGUAGAGGCCAUCACGCCCCUGGACACCGGGGAAAGGACGCCGACCCCCAAGCAGCUCCUUCGAGUGGGUUUCUCGCUGGCCGGUAGCUCCCUGUUCCUGGCAGAUGGGUGCGACAGCUUCUGCUUCGAUUCUGAAGGACUCUUCAUUCAUGACAAAUCACGAAAAAAGGCCGCGCCUAAGUUCAAAGACGCCACAGUCGCAGUCCUCCUCAACUUGGACCAGUCGAGCCCCAACAAGAACACCGUGAGCUUGUUCUUGAAUGGUACACGCCAGUGUCCGCCCCAGCCCAUACCAGAGCACCUGUGUGGAAAGCCCCUUUACCCCACCCUCUCAUACAAGAAUGUGUCUGUAGAAGUGAACUUCGGCCCCACUCCCCGCAAAGCCCUGCCAUUUAGCUGCCACAUGCUGGCAAGCGCAGCGGCCGCAGACGUGGAGGCAUCUCCCUGCAAAGCAGCGAACAAGAAGCCCGAGGUGGUCCUGCCCGUGGGCUUGCCCUCUCAGGGAUACUUCGACUGGGUGGACGAGUUCGUGGAAAGGAACCCGGGCUACGUUGAGCUGAGUGAUCGAAAGAUCCUGGAGUGGGCACAGAAGAGUGGCCUCUGGAAACCAAAGGGUGGUGGAUCUCUGGACAAGCCCGAAGGGAGUUUUGGUGUCCCGGCGCUCGAUGACUGGAGCGUGCGCCGAGUUCUGCAGAAUGUCUCCCCUUGCCUGAACCGCAGCUACGUCAUCGGAGAGCUGAAGGCCAACUUGAUUGCCGGUGACCGAGAGGCCACGCUGAGCCGGUUCAACUCGCAGGACUUCGCUCGAAAGGCUGUGGUUGUCAUGGGGGAGCCGACGGCCGAGUACAAGGCGAGGGUCCAGUCCCUCAUCUUGGCCGAGAAGAAGUCCAAGGCGGAGCAGGAGCAGAAGCGAAAAGCGCAGGCAGAAGAGCGGAAGAGGAUGCUCGAGCUGAAGCGCAAGAAGGCGGAGGAAGCAAGGAAGGCGAAGGAGGCGGCGCAGAAGAAGAAGGAGGGCAAGGACGACAAGGAAGACAACGGAGACGACGCGAAGGUCGAGGAAGCUGAGGAGAACGAGGACGUGAAGAUGGAGGAGGCAGCCGUUGUGGAACUGACGGAGGAGGAGAAGUCGCUCUCCUACCGGACGGGUCCCGUCCCAGAUAUCUCAGACCGUGAGCUGACGAAGUCCUUCGCCAAGUUCAGCAUCCCGACCCAAGAGGAGGGCUUCGAUGCAGUCAGCUUUGCCUGGCAGGCCCAGGGUGACUGUGCGGCGCUGCUGAAGAAGUGGAUCCUCCAGAAGAAGCUGACGCAGCGCGCAGAGGACCUGCAGCCCGGCGCCGGCUUCAAAGAGGUGUGGACGAAGUGGCAGAAGACCAUCCAGGAAUGGAGGAGGCGGCACGCCGAGUACAAGGAGCCGUCGAAGCGGAAGGCGCUCGCAGCAAAGAAGCUCGAGGACGCCAAGAAGACCAUGGAGGAGGAGAAGAAGAAGCUGAUGGAAGCCGGGGACGAAGAUGCUGCCAAGGCUUUGGAAGAGAAGUUUGCGCAGGACACGGCCCCAGUGGAGGUCAACUUCGACGACCUCGACGUCUUUGCGGUGGAGGAUGUGAUGGAUCUGGGGAACUGUAUGCCUUUGUUCGCGAACUUUGUGUAUGAGGACUGGACACUGCUCACCCUAAGGGCAGAGCUCCACCUCCUCCUCCACAGCUUCAAGAAAGACUUGGACGAUCCAGAUCGGCCGGGCUUCGUGGAAGCUCAUCUGGCAUACUACUAUCAGAAGUACUUCAAGAAAAGCUGGAACUUCGGCCAGUACGGCCUUGCGAAGUUCACAGAUUUGUUGGACAUCAUGAAGGAUGCCCUCACCGUGGACAGCACCUCCAACUUCCUCCAGGCCGUGCAAGCCGAAGACGUGGGGCUGGAGACAUUCCUCAAGUACACUGAGGACCACCGACGAGAACGGGAGCGAAGAGUCGAUGCAGGCGACGAGACGGCCAAGCUGAAGUUCACCAGGCCAACGCCGCCCCCCACGCGGCAGGCAGACAAGGGCAAGGGCUCGGUCAGCGGCAAAGGCAAAGCUGCCACUCAAUCGUCAGCCUACGAAAGUUCUUAUCAGACAAAGCGGCCGUACCAGCAAUCUUCUGGGCCGCCAGCCAAGCAACCCCGGACAUCGUAUUCCUCGUACGGGUCGUAUCAUGGUUACCAUGGUCGACGAUAG